GGAGAGAAACAGAGAGAGAGACAGCGUGUGUGUGAGAGAGAGAGAGAGAGCGAGAGAGAGAAGCGACUAUUGAGUGGAAUUGGAAUCAAAUGAAGAUGGAUGGGUGGGUCUAACUGAAAAAAAACCUGCUCAGCUUCUGGUAAAAUCCUGGUGUGUAAAACAACAGGAGGACAGGACGGUGCGUGAAGGACUCUGACCUGGUUCCCAUGACUCCAGCCACGGUGACCCUGCGAAGGUUGAGGAAACUCUGGGAGGAUGAGCACACACACUCGCUCAGGGUGGACAGAGGAGAGGGCCGCUCGGUGAAAGACCCGCCUGUCUCUCCCAGGAAGCUGUCCCAUUCCAUAGAGGAGAUCUUGAGGACUUCGACAUGUGUGCGAGAGGAGAGGCACUGCAGGUUGUCUGUUAUCAGAGAGAACAAGCAGAUUCCUGCUCCGACGUCCUGCACUGAAUGGACCGUACAGCAUUCUGUCACCCCGGCCUUUGGCUGGGUCAGUGACCACGCAUCCCCUGACCACGGCCGAGCUCUCAGCACUCCCCCCCCUGGGGAGGACGGGGGUGCGGAGCUGGGGGCGUCCGGGACAGACUGCCCUCGUCUCAGUCAUGUGCAGAGGAGAAGGAGGCAAACUAGGGUCAGCUUCUCUGCCUCCCAGCUAGAGGAGCUGGAGAAGCUGUUCCAGGAAAACCAUUACCCAGAUGUCAACAUCAGAGACCAGCUAGCCUCUCGGCUGCAACUCACUGAGGGGAGAGUACAGAUUUGGUUUCAGAACCGCAGGGCCAAAUGGAGGAAAGCAGAGAGUCAGUGGGAUCUGGAGAUGGUGACCAGAGACCAGAUCCACACAUCCAAACUGGGCCUUCCUCAUCUGCAGGGUGAAGAGGCUAGGUCUCUCCUAUCAGCCGCUUCCUCUGCGGGGUACACCCACCCAGCACGUCUGUUAGCACCCUGCCCCAAGGACAACAGCUUCCUGACAGCUGAAUGGGCCGCAGCCUGCUUACCUAAAACCUUUCAGCCAAUAGCCUUGCACCUGCCCCCUCCCCAACGUCCCCUUUGCAACCCUUGGAUCUUCCACCCCCACCCCAACCCCAGAUACGCCCUCAGCUGACAGGAAAAAAACUGGACCACAUUGAACCACAAAGAACACUGUAAAACGAUAUCAAUAUCCACUGGAAAUACCUAUCUGGAACUGCUAAGCCUGGUGUUGAGGGGGAAUUGUGUUGAGUUGAGAUUGUGAACAGAUUAUUGAAAAGGAAGUGGAAUUGCACAACUUACUUUUUGGUGUCUACACACACUUGCUAGUAUUAUAAUAGUUGUUUGACAUAUUUAAAUAUCAAUAAAACAUCAACUGGUCUGUUUUUCAUUUUAGGGGAUACUUAGAUUCAUUUUUGUUCAUCAUUGUCAGUUGACUUUAAGCACAUUUUGAUAAUCUUCACAUGCAGUUCUACUGUUAGCUGUGUUACUGUGUUAGUAUAUUUCACUGUUUUAAUGACCUUAACCAACAGGCUAUCUUAUCUAUCAUGACGUCAUCCUACAAGGAGAUAAGAUAAUGGGAACCUACAAAUGAGUUGUAUUUUUGACUGUUCUUGUUGUUGCUCAAUUGUUUUAUAGGUAUAUUGUUAUACACACAUCUCUCCUUAUCUUAAUUUGGGUUUGUCGGCUCAGGUUACCUGCAGGUCAUCCUCAACUCCAUUUGACCCCAGUUCUAAAAAUGGAACCAGAAUAAAUGUCUUCCUUUCUUAGGUUUGAAGUAAAAAGUAAAAAGUGAUAAGUUUGCUAUUUUAAUCGUAACGAUUUUCCCCCUGUAUUUUAAUUAGCAAAAUACAUUUACUUAGCUUCAUGGCGGC